GUCAGCGCGGCAACAUCUUCCACAUCGCAGAGCUCAGAACCCAGCCACCAAUUUGUCCAUUUCCUAUGUAUUCUCGGAGAACCUUCACCCGAUUUGUCUGUACCUUAUGAGUUCCCCAGAACCCCCGCCCACACUAGCUGCAUCUCGCCGGAUUCCUUCACUCUGCGCAUCCUACGCGCGCCCAUUCCAGGAAAUUGUCCCCCAUUCCGGCUCAGCUCUCUCCCAUCGGCAGCCCGGCACUCGGAUCCUUCAAUUCGUGCCCAAAUCAGGUUCUUGGCCUUGCGCGCAAUCAAAUCUCCCAGAUCUCUCUUGUAGCUUUUGAUUCGCGGCAAUGGAGUUCGUGGCGUCCAUCAUGGACACGGUGUUCCGGCCGCUCAAGGACUACUUCGCUCGGACCUUCGGGUACGUCAUGUCCUGCGGCGACUACAUCGACGCGCUGGGCCACGAGAUGGACGAGCUCAAGAGCAAGCGCGACGACGUCAAGCGCAUGGUGGACACCGCCGAGCGCCAGGGGAUGGAGGCCACCAGCCAGGUCAAGUGGUGGCUCGAGUGCGUCGCCAAGCUCGAGGACGCCGCCGCUCGGGUCGACGGCGAGUACCAGGCGCGCCUGCAGCUCCCGCCCGACCAGGCGGCCGGCCUCAAGGCCACCUACCUCCUUAGCCAGAAGGCCGACGAGAUGCGCACCGAGGCCACUGGCCUCAAGGAGAAGGGCGCCUUCCACAAGGUCGCCGACGAGCUCGUGCAGGUACGCUUCGAGGAGAUGCCCAGCGUGCCCGUCGUCGGCAUGGACGCGCUGCUCCAGGAGCUCCACGCGUGCGUCCGGGGCGGCGACGUGGGCGUUGUCGGCAUCUACGGCAUGGCCGGGGUCGGCAAGACGGCUCUGCUCAACAAGUUCAACAAUGAGUUCCUCAUCAGCUCGCAGGACAUCAAUGUCGUCAUUUACAUCGAAGUCGGCAAGGAGUUCAAUCUGGACGACAUCCAGAAGAUCAUCGGCGACAGGCUCGGCGUCAGUUGGGAGAACAGGACGCCCAAGGAGCGUGCUGGAGUGCUCUACAGGGUGCUCACCAAGAUGAAUUUUGUGCUGCUGCUCGACGACCUCUGGGAGCCACUCAACUUCCGGAUGCUCGGCAUUCCGGUUCCCAAGCCAAACUCCAAGAGCAAGAUCAUUGUGGCGACGAGGAUCGAGGAUGUGUGCGACCGAAUGGACGUCCGUCGCAAGCUCAAGAUUGAGUGCCUGCCAUGGGAGCCCGCUUGGGAGCUCUUUCGAGAGAAGGUUGGCGAGCACCUCAUGCGUGCCAGCACAGAGAUUCGGCACCACGCCCAGGAACUGGCCAUGAAGUGUGGUGGACUUCCACUGGCUCUCAUCACCGUCGGCCGGGCGAUGGCCAGCAAGCACACUGCAAAGGAGUGGAAGCACGCCAUCACUGUUCUAAAGAUUGCCCCAUGGCAACUUCUUGGCAUGGAGGUGGACGUUCUUAUGCCUCUCAAGAACAGCUAUGAUAACUUGCCCACUGACAAGCUGAGGCUCUGCCUGCUGUAUUGCGCCCUGUUUCCAGAGGACUUCUCCAUUUCCAAGGAUUGGAUCAUAGGCUACUGCAUUGGUGAAGGUUUCAUAGAUGACCUGUACACUGAGAUGGAUGAAAUAUAUAACAAAGGGCAUGACCUUCUCGGUGAUCUCAAGAUUGCAUCUUUGCUGGACAGAGGUAAAGACGAGGAACACAUCAGUAUGCAUCCCAUGGUCCGUGCGAUGGCUCUGUGGAUAGCAUCAGAGUUCGGCACUAAAGAGACAAAAUGGCUUGUCCGUGCCGGAGUUGGACUCAAGGAGGCGCCGGGUGUAGAGAAGUGGAGCGAUGCUGAGCGGAUUUGCUUCAUGCGGAACAACAUCCUUGAGCUGUAUGAGAGGCCUAAUUGCCCUUUGUUGAAGACCCUGAUGCUGCAAGGCAACCCUGCAUUGGAUAAGAUAUGUGACGGCUUCUUCCAGUUCAUGCCAUCUCUUAGGGUAUUAGAUCUCUCGCAUACCUCUAUCAGUGAAUUACCUUCUGGGAUCAGUGCAUUAGUUGAGUUGCAGUACCUUGAUUUGUAUAACACAAACAUCAAAUCAUUGCCAAGGGAGCUAGGUUCUCUUGUCACUCUGCGGUUCCUGCUUCUCUCCAAUAUGCCCGCCCUUGAAAUGAUCCCAGGUGGUGUUAUAGAUAGCCUCAAAAUGCUGCAAGUUUUGUACAUGGAUCUCAGUUAUGGAGACUGGAAAGUCGGUGAAAGUGGAAGUGGUGUUGAUUUUCAGGAGCUAGAGAGCCUGCGCAGGCUCAAGGCAAUCGAUAUCACGAUACAGUCGGUCGAGGCCCUAGAGAAGCUGUCACGUUCAAUUCGCCUAGCUGGUUCAACGAGAAAUCUGCUGAUAAGGACAUGUGCUAGCCUGAAAAAGAUAGAGCUUCCUUCAAGCAACCUAUGGAAGAACAUGACAAACCUCAAGAGAGUGUGGAUUGCAAGCUGCAGCAAUCUAGAGGAGCUGGUCAUCGACGGCAGCAAAGAGACUGAUCCCAGCAUCGUGCUCCCCAAUGAUUUCUUGCAAAGGCGGGGCGAACUUGUCGAUGAAGAUCAGCCGAUCCUUCCAAACCUGCAGGGUGUCAUCCUUCAGAGCCUUCUUAAGGUAAAGAUCAUCUACAAAGGUGGGUGCGUCCAGAAUCUGUCGUCAUUGUUCAUCUGGUAUUGCCAUGGACUUGAGGAGCUGAUUACCCUUGUCGACGAAGGACAAGAGACGGCGACGAACGAAGGUGAACAAGCUGCAGGGAUUUAUAAAGUGAUCACACCCUUCCCUAACCUUAAGGAACUGUAUUUCCAUGGCCUGGCUAAGUUUAGGACGCUGAGCGGUGGCACAUGUAUGCUGCGGUUCCCCUCACUGGAGAGCCUGAAGAUCGUUGAGUGUCCAAGUCUGAAGAAGCUAAAACUCACUGCUGGAGAGCUGAAUGAAGUACAAUGCACAAGAGUGUGGUGGGAUGAGCUGGAGUGGGACGAUGAGGAAGUCAAAGCAUCUUACGAGCCACUGUUCCGUCCUAUUCACUGAAUUUCAGUUCGGAGUACUACGUUCUAUUCAUCGGGAAUUUCAUAUUUUUGUGUGGUAAAUACUGCACUGAAUUCAGAGAUUGAUGUGUGCCCUCCUCUGAUGGCUAGUCCACGAUCUAAGCAGUGAUGCUUCUCAGAUCACAUUGUGUAGUUCAGAGAUGUCUUAUCUUCCCCGUCUGGAUAUACCUCUAGAACUGCAUGGGGUGCAGUUAAGUAGUGUUGUAAUUUUCCAUAGUCUUUGUUCAUAAUUAGCAGAUAGCUAUUAAGUAAUGUUGUAAUUUUCGACAGUUCCACUCCGUGAAUGGAUCAUAGCGUUGAUAAA